AAAUACCAUAUUUAUCCUCAUGUCAUUAUUAUCUCGAUUGAUCUUACAAAAUUAUAAUUUGCAGAAACACGCGAUUGUUGUCAGUGCAUUGUGUUACCUCGUCAUAGCUGAGCCACCCGUUCAAGCUGUAAAGCCGAACGUAAUAGGAAGUUCCGAACAACAUACCUCUUUCAGUUUUAUCCGACCGGGAUUAACGCAAACGUCGUUCGCAUUCAACGGGCCGAGCUCUCAUCAAUCUUUCGCAUCUAGCAUCAGCAAUCCUCAGUUAGCGCAAAAAGUUUUGCCAAGUUUAGCGCAUGCCUUCGCCUACAGAAAUCCUGGCUUAGGAUAUUAUCCAUUUGGUUCUAUCGCGAAUGGUGCGGUUCCGCAACAACAGAUUUUUGCAGCAUCUGCAACCGGGCCAUUAGCUUAUCAAACCGUUACAGAUCCCGCUACUGCAUUAGCAUACAUGCAGCAAUUGCAGCAGCCACAACAAUCAUAUUUGCAUGCAUAUCAACCGAAUACUGUUUACCAGUUGCAAUUAGCGCAAUUGCUUGCUCUUAGACAAGCACAGCUUGCGCAAGCUCAACAAGGACAAUUACAUAAUAGUAACUGUACACAGGUGCCUGAACAAAUUCAGUUACAACGACAAGAGCAGCAACCAGAACGACAGCAAAAUUUGUUAGGAAUCGCUUACUCGUCUUCCCCAUCUGUAGCGCAUGUAAAGGUUUCCGGAAAUGGAUACAAGUUCAACUUUUAAUGCUAAGAUAUAAUAUUUAUUGUUUC